CUUUUUUCACAACACAAACCAAACAUAGUAACAAAACACUACCAACAAUAAUCACAACACCAUGGCCAAGCAAACCCUCUCUCUCUUUUCCUCCAUAGCCAUCUUCCUCGCGCUACUAAACCUCGCAACCUCGCAAGAUUCACUUUCCUUCAGCUUCAAUAACUUCGAACAAGAAGCUGAAAGAAACCUAAUCUUGCAAGGAGAUGCACACAUUGACCCAAAUGUACUGCAACUCACUAGAACCGACAGCAAUGAAAUCAGUGUUGGGAGAGCCUUGUACUUAGCCCAAGUGCACCUAUCGGAUAAAAGUACAAACAGACUCGCAAACCUUCAAAUCCAAUUCAGUUUUUCCCUUAAGUCACGGGGCUCCUCCCAGCCGGCGGACGGCCUUGCCUUCUUCCUGGCGCCGGCGGACACCACCAUACCGCCCGGUUCGAACGGAGGGCUUUUAGGGCUCUUUGAACCUGCCAAUGCCCUAAACGCCUCCGCAAACAAAGUCAUCGCAGUCGAAUUCGACACCUUUUUUGACAGAAGUUCAAAUGCCUGGGAUCCAAGUUACACACACAUUGGAAUCGAUGUGAAUUCCAUUAAGUCUGCGAAGACUGUGAGAUGGGAUAGAAGAGACGAUCAAAUCCUUAAUGUUCUUGUGACAUACACUGCUUCAAGUCGAACCCUGGCAGUGUCUGCUACCUACCCUGAUGGUAAAAAGUACGAGCUCUCUCAUGAGGUCGACUUGGCCGAAAAGCUUACGGCGGAAUAUGUUAGGGUUGGAUUCUCAGCCGCUACUGGACAACAAUUCCAAUCACACACUCUUCACUCGUGGUCUUUCACUUCAGUGUUGCUUAAUACUGUGACCAUGGAGAAUGAGUACAUUGUGUUUCCACGUGGAAUUGAGAAAUGAUGUGAUAUAAUCAUAUCUAAUAAAAAUAUCAAUCACAUAUGGCCAUGUAAGAUAUGCCAAUAAAGGACAAAAGUUGUACGUCCAUGGCUUAUGUAUGUUGUGGUUUUUGUUGCUUAUGUUUAAGCUUUAAGCUAAGCCAAGAAUGUGAUAUAAAAUGAACUACUACUUCGUAUGAA